AGCGGGACAGAGAACGGGGAUGGCUAAGCCCUUCUACAGGCUUCAGCGCUUCCUCCGACGGGUGCAGAUGCUUCUCCUCUUCCUGGGCGUGGCCUACAUCAUGGCCGGGAGCGUCCUCCUGCUGCAGCGCUCCAGCCUGGUGGUGUCCCAGAGGGGCUCCGCCAGCCUCCCUCCGCUGCCCUCCCUGCCCUCCCCGCCCAAAGCCGCCGAGCCUCAGAGGGCAGCGCCGAACAGGGAGGGGAAUCCGGGUGACCCCUCCCACAGCAGGAACGGGCCACGCUGGCUCAUGUCCCGGAACCUGGAGAUCCGGCACCUUCGACGGCGCUGGUUCCACAGCCUCAUGACGGAGCAGGAGACCCGGGCAGAGCGAGGGCCUGCGCACAGGAAGGUCGGCCACAAAGGAACCUACAUUGGCUGCUUCUUGGAUGACAAAGUGGAUCGAGCUCUUGGGGGGACUGUGUUUUAUGACUUUCGAAAAAUGACUAGCACCCUUUGUCAAGACACCUGCUCGGAAAGCGGGUACCAGUUUGCGGGGCUGGAGUACGGAGCAGAGUGUUACUGUGGCAACCGCAUCAGCAGCUCCCGCGCGCGGGAGGAGGACUGUAACCUGGACUGCAAGGGGGAGAAGGGCUCCCCCUGUGGGGGUGUGAGCCGCCUCUCCAUCUACAAGGUGGAGGAGCUGCUGCCGGGCCAGCGGAGAUACAGGAAUGUGCGCUAUCGUGGGUGCUUUGAGAGGCCAAAGAACACUACUGCGGCCUUCCUGGUCCACUCCGUCCAGCCCAACCUGACAUCACAGUCCUGCAUCGAGACCUGCACGAACAAGGAGCUACCCCUGGCUGUUCUGAGGAGGCCGGACUGUUUCUGCGGCUAUGUGUCCCUGCUCUUCACCCUCCACCAGCGAGCCGAGGACAAGCACUGUGCGCUGGCCAAUAGCACAGCCCCCACUGCCUCAGCGGACCGGGACUACUACCAGGUCUACCAGACACCUGUGCAAGACUCCAGGUGCACUGAGAGGAAAUUUCUGCCAGAGAAGUCAGAAACACUGGUAGCCCUGUCCAGCUUCCCUGGAGCAGGCAACACCUGGGUACGUCACCUGAUUGAACUGGCAACCGGCUACUACACAGGCAGCUUCUACUUUGAUGGCACCCUCUACAACAAAGGUUUCAAGGGAGAGAAGGAUUACUGGAAGAGCGGGCGGACCAUCUGUGUUAAAACCCACGAGAGUGGGCAGCGGGAGAUCGAGAUGUAUGACGCGGCCAUCCUGCUGAUUCGCAACCCCUACCGCUCCCUGGUGGCCGAAUUCAACCGCAAGUGCGCCGGACACCUGGGCUACGCCUCGGAGCAGCACUGGAGGAGCAAUGAGUGGCCAGAGUUUGUCAGCAGCUACGCCUCGUGGUGGGCGUCCCACGUGCUGGACUGGCUGAAGUAUGGGCGGCGGGUGCUGGUGGUGCACUACGAGGACCUGCAGGGGGCGCUGUUCCCCCAGCUGCGCCACAUCGCGGCCUUCCUGAACGUCAGCGUGACAGAGGAGAGGCUGCUGUGUGCGGAGAGCAACCAGGAUGGCCACUUCAAGCGCUCUGGGGGGCGGCGACAGGGCUUCGACCCCUUCACCCCAGAGAUGAAGCUUAUGAUCGACGGUUACAUCCGCACUGUGGACCGCGCCCUCAGGGAGAGUAACUACACUGGCCUGCCCCAGGAGUACCUGCCCAGAUGAUGAGGGGUGCCCUACACCCUACCCUCCCAGGACGGGCAGAAAGGGGU